UCUCUCAUAGAGAGACGCUUCCAGACCCGCUUCACCAAUUGUUCUUGACUUCAAUAGAAAGUUUCAAAUUCUGCAGCAGCUUUUGUUUUAAUAGAUUUUGGUAUUCAGGCCAUGGAAGCUGGAGGUAAUUCUUUACCAUCUGGACCUGAUGGAGUGAAGCGUAAAGUUAGUUAUUUCUAUGACCCUGAGGUUGGCAAUUACUACUAUGGCCAAGGUCACCCAAUGAAGCCGCACAGGAUUCGCAUGACGCACGCUCUUCUUGCCCACUAUGGAUUACUGCAGCAUAUGCAUGUUCUAAAGCCCAAUCCAGCCAGAGAGAAAGAUCUUUGCAGAUUUCAUGCUGAUGAUUAUGUUUCUUUCUUGAAGAGCAUCACCCCAGAAACACAACAGGAUCAGCUAAGGCAGCUGAAGAGAUUUAACGUUGGUGAAGACUGCCCGGUGUUUGACGGUCUCUAUCCUUUCUGUCAAACCUAUGCCGGUGGUUCUGUUGGUGGGGCAGUGAAGUUAAAUCAUGGACACUGUGAUAUAGCAAUUAAUUGGGCUGGUGGAUUACAUCAUGCUAAGAAAUGUGAGGCUUCUGGUUUUUGCUAUGUGAAUGAUAUAGUGCUGGCAAUUUUGGAACUGCUCAAGGUUCAUGAGCGUGUUUUAUACGUGGACAUUGAUAUUCAUCAUGGUGAUGGUGUUGAGGAAGCAUUUUAUACUACAGACAGGGUGAUGACUGUGUCUUUUCAUAAAUUUGGAGAUUACUUUCCUGGUACAGGGGAUAUACGAGAUACUGGAUAUGGAAAGGGGAAAUAUUACUCCCUUAAUGUUCCACUAGAUGAUGGAAUCGACGAUGAAAGCUAUCAGUCUUUGUUUAAGCCAAUAAUGGGUAAAGUGAUGGAAGUUUUUAAGCCUGGUGCUGUAGUUUUACAAUGUGGGGCGGACUCUCUGUCUGGAGACCGAUUGGGCUGCUUUAAUUUGUCAAUUAAAGGUCAUGCAGAGUGUGUCAAAUAUAUGAGAUCUUUUAAUGUGCCACUACUCUUGCUUGGUGGAGGUGGCUACACAAUUCGGAAUGUUGCUCGCUGCUGGUGUUAUGAGACAGGCGUGGCACUUGGGAUUGAAUUAGAUGAUAAGAUGCCACAACAUGAAUAUUACGAGUAUUUUGGUCCAGAUUAUACUCUUCAUGUUGCUGCUAGUAAUAUGGAGAAUAAGAAUUCUUGGCAUUUGUUGGAAGACAUCAGAGCCAAGCUCCUUGAUUAUCUUUCAAAGCUUCAACAUGCACCAAGUGUGCAGUUCCAGGAGCGACCACCGGAUACGGAUCUUCAAGAGGCAGAUGAAGAUCAAGUUGGCGAAGAUGAAAGAUGGGACCCUGAAUCUGACAUGGAUAUUGAUAAUCAACGUAGGCCUUUGCCUAGCAGAGUAAAGACAGAAUUUCUUGAACCUGAAGCAAAAGAUGUGGGCGACAACAUGAAAGAAGAUGAACAUAACAGGGAAGCAGAAAGCAGGCAUUCUCAGGGACCUCUUGCUUAAAGGUGUAGCUUUAUGUGUGAUUUUGCAAAAGUCUUUUUCAGGGCGACAACGUGAAAUAAGAUGAACGUAACAGAGAAGCAGAACGUGGACAUUCUCAGGGACCUCUUGCAUAGAGGUGUUGCUUUAUGUGCGACUUCGCAAGUCUUUCGCCCCCUUAGCAUUUCAUGAGGGUAAAAAUUUAAUUUCCGUAAGUCUACGAGGAGUUGGAAAACUGAAUUUGGAUUGCAAACCCAGAGAAGAUAUUUUUAUUUUAUGUAUGUGUUAUCAAGCCUGUUGGUGAGGACAAAAUGUUGUAUGGGUGAAUUUAUUUGAAUUUUAGCAACAUUCGAAUUGUCUCAAUCUCUUUUUCUUCCACUUCAACUCUGUGUUUCCAAUUAUUUCACUUUUAAUAUUAAGGGUCUGUUUGAUUGGGAA